AUGGCUUCAUCUAAGUUGAGGGAGUUGAAGACCCAGUUGGAUGAUUUGUUAGAGAAAGGUUAUAUUAGGCCUAGUUCAUCACCUUGGGGAGCCCUAUGUUCAAUGGAUUUGAUGCAUAGGAUUUUCAGGCCAUACGUGGUCAAGUUUGUGGUAGUGUUUAUUGAUGAUAUUUUGGUCUAUUCAAAGAAUGAAGAAGAACAUAAGGAGCAUUUAAGACAAGUGUUAUUAUGUUUAAGGGAGCAUCAGUUGUAUUCCAAUCUGUUUAAGUGUGAGUUUUGGUUGGAGGAAGUAGCAUUUUUCGGCCAUGUGAUUUCCAAGGACGGAGUUUUAGUGGACACAAGCAAGAUUCGAGUUGUGAGUGAUUGGCUAACACCAAAGAAUAUGUCGGAUGUAAGGAGUUUCUUGGCUUUAGCAGGCUAUUAUAGAAGGUUUGUGAAGGAUUUUUCAAGGAUCUCAAAGCCCAUGACAAGUUUGAUGAAAAAGGAGCAUAAGUUUAUAUGGACUCUAGAGUGUGAGGAGGCAUUUAAGAUCUUGAAAGAAAGGUGA